CUCAAAUCCUCCCAAAAUGUAGGAAUGUGAGUAGCACCUUGUCGAGCGAAAUUGCGAAUCGAGCCCAUCGCUAACGGCUUCCUUCCAUUGUCAUUCCCUAAUUUCUUAUUUUUUUUCCGCUAAGUGUACAUGUCUCUUCAAUCUCAAAUCUCAGAGACAGCGCGCUAGCCCUCGUCGAUGGAGGGAGAGGAAGAUUUUCUUUCUCAUCUGCAACAAAGACUAAGUUCCGAUCCAGAGUACCCUUCAAACCACUUCAACCUUGGCAUCUUCUUAUGGAAGAAGGGAGAUAUCGUCGGCGGUGACGAGUCCAAGGACUUCAAAUCUAGGGCCGCGGAGCAUUUCCUGGCCUCUGCGAGGCUGAAUCCCGGCGACAGUGCCUCUUUCCGGAUUCUAGGACAUUACUACAGCGCAGUCGUGGUGGAUACUCAGAGGGCCUUCAAGUGUUACCAAAGGGCACUUUCUCUCAGUCCCGAUGACUUCGAGGCUGGUGAUGCACUCUGUGAUUUAUUGGAUGUGAAUGGGAAGGAAAGCCUCGAGAUUGCCGUGUGCAAGGAGGCUUCAGAGAAGUCUCCAAGAGCGUUUUGGGCUUUUAGGAGGCUGGGAUACUUGCAGAUCUACCAUAAGAAAUGGGAGGAGGCAGUGCAGAGCCUGCAGCAUGCAAUCCGAGGAUAUCCAGCAUGCGCUGAUCUGUGGGAAGCUCUAGGUCUUGCAUAUCAUAGGCUGGGCAGGCUCACAGCAGCAAUUAAGUCAUAUGGGCGUGCAAUUGAACUGGAGGAUUCCAAAAUAUUUUCACUAAUUGAGAGUGGCAACAUUCUUCUUAUGCUUGGUUCUUUUCGGAAGGGAAUUGAGCUAUUUCGGCAUGCUUUAGAAGUUUCACCUCAGAAUGUGUCAGCACAUUUUGGGCUUGCUUCUGGUCUCCUUGGGCUAUCAAAGGAAUGUGCUAGUAUUGGAGCAUAUGAAUGGGGCGCUUCUCUUUUGAAGGAUGCAUCGGAAAUUACUAGUGCUUGUUCUCAUCUUUCAAGCAAUUUUUCUUCAGUCUGGAAGCUGCAUGGGGACAUUCAGAUUGCAUAUGCAAAAUGCUUACCAUGGGAGAACAAGAUUACUAGUACCCACAUUGAUGAGGGAGCUUUCAAAGCAUCCAUCAUUGAUUGGAAAAAUAGUUGCCUUUCAGCAGCUAAAAAUGCAAGGCUAUUGUAUCAACGAGCUUUACACCUGACCCCAUGGCAGUCCAAUAUCUAUGCUGAUAUUGCAAUCACAAUUGAUCUCAUUUAUUCUCUGCUAGAGAGAGAAAAAACAGAUCAUGAUACUCGGCAACUAUCAGAGAGGAUGUCUUUGGGGAGCUUAAUGUUUGAGGGAGUUAAUUGUGAUUUUUGGGUUAUACUGGCCUGUGUAACCAAUGAUUAUGCAUUGAAGCAGCAUGCUCUUAUCAGGGGACUUCAGCUGGAUAAUUCUUUGGCUGUAUCAUGGGCAUACCUUGGGAAGCUUUACAUGAAACUAGGUGAAAAUCAUUUGGCUACUCAAUCAUUUGAUCGUGCUAGAAGUUUAGAUCCCUCUUUAGCAUUACCAUGGGCUGGCAUGUCAGUAGCUUCUCAUGACCGGAACUACUCCCUGAGUGAAGCCUAUGAAAGUUGCCUAAGAGCUGUGCAGAUAAUGCCUCUUGCAGAGUUUCAGAUUGGUCUUGGUAUGCUAGCGGCAGUUUCGGGUCAUUUAUUGUCUCCACAGGUAUUUUCUGCAAUACGUCAUUCUAUUCAACGUUCACCUUAUUAUCCAGAAUCACAUAAUGUACAUGGGCUAAUCUGCGAAGCAAGGUCAGAUUAUCAAUCUGCAAUAUCUGCUUAUCGGUUGGCAAGGUCUGCUCUGAGGAUUGCGUCACUCUCAAAAGACUCUGCUAAACAUUGUUUAACUGAUGUAUCUGUUAAUCUUGCCAGAGCACUUUGUCAGGCAGGACAUAUGCUUGAUGCAGAACAGGAGUGUGAAGCCUUGAAUAAAGAUGGAAUGCUUAAUUGCAAGGGCUUGCAAAUAUAUGCUGUUGCAUUGUGGAAACUUGGGAAGAAUGAUCAAUCUCUCCAUGUGGCAAGAAAUUUGGCCAAGAAUGUAUCGACCAUGGAGGAGUCUUCUUGUACUGCUGCUAUUGGUUUGAUAUGCCAGUUGAUAUAUCGUAUUUCAGGCCUGGAAUCUGCAAUUUCAACCAUUUUGAAAUUGCCAAGGGAAUACUUGAAUGGAGCAAAAAUGAGUUUGAUUCUAUCUACAAUUAAUGCUUUAGAUCCAAAUAAUCGGUUACAGUUGCUUCUUCCAACUAGUCUGAGUUCUUUUGGUGCUUAUGAUUUGAUUGUUGAAAUGCAUACCAUAACAGCUACGAAUAAAAUGAUCCAGAAUGGCUCAGAGCAGUCUCUUGACAUUCACAGUGGCAUUAAGUACCUGAAAAAAGUUCUACGUCUGUAUCCUGACAGCAAAUUACUAAGAAACCAUCUUGGAUCACUUAUAUUGUAUUCAGGAGACUGGUUGGCUUCACAUAUAGCACCGAGAUGCACGGUUUUACCGACAGGGUACCCUGUAAGGACCGGCUUAAAAUCACCAUUUGAAAUCCAUGGAGGGGCUGGAGUUUCUUGUUACGCUAGCUGUGUAACAAGGCCGAAGUUUUCUUUCCCUGCCUGCCGAUGCCAGCCUAUGCAUGGGUCAACUGUGACUGACCAUCUGCAAAAAUGGUUGCAUCAAGAACCAUGGAACCAUGAGGCACGUUAUCUUCUUAUACUUAAUCUUCUGCAGAGAGCACGUGAAGAAAAGUUCCCCCCACAUCUUUGUAUUGGUUUGAAACGCUUGAUUUCCAUUGCUCUCUCUAUGAUAAAUGAAACUAAGUAUCAGAGGUUUCUACUUCUACUAUCUGCAUCAGAGAUCAGUUUGCAAUGUCAGGAUUAUUCUGACUGCACUAACUAUGCGGCCACUGCAUUAGAACUUCUUCCAUCCAAUGACAAUUCCUUCUUUGCGCACUUGCAAUUAUGUCGUGCCUAUGCAGCACAUGAAGAUUUGGAAAACCUCCGUAAUGAGUACAUGAAUUGUUUAAAGUUUAAUACAGUCAAUCAAAUUGGUUGGCUUUCCCUGAAAUACCUUGAAUCUAGGUAUAAAUUGCAGAAUGGCUGUAACACAGUUGAUAUGAAUUAUAAGAUAUGCUUCACAUCAAAACUUAGUUCCUCUAACAUGUGGGUGGCUGUAUUUGGAUUAGUAUCGGCCCUAUGCUUCAUAUGGGAUAAUGAUUUUAUCAGUGCAGAACAAGCUUUAGCACAUGCAUGUUCCAUUUCCAAAGAAGAAAGCUGCCUUUUUUUUGCUCAUGGUGCCGUGUGCAUGGAGCUUGCUAGGCAACAAAUGGGUUUGCAGUUUUUAUCACGUGCUUUACAGCAUCUGGUCAAGGCCCAGGUGACUUCACCAUUUCCUUUACCUAUUCUUUCAGCAUUAUUGGCUCAAGUAGAGGGAAGCCUUGGAUCAAAAGCGAAGUGGGAAAGAAAUCUUCGUCUUGAAUGGUUUUCUUGGCCAGCAGAAAUGAGGCCUGCUGAAUUGUACUUUCAGAUGCACAUCCUUGCAAGACAGUCUACUGCAGCUUGUGACCCGCAAACAAACAUAGAAUCAUACCAGAGCCCUUUGAGAUGGGUUCUUCGAGCAGUACAUUUGAAUCCUUCUUGUUUGAGGUAUUGGAAAGUUUUGCAGAAGCUCGCUGAUUGAUUAGUCAUGACACUUCUUUCUAGCUUCCUUCUUGGAAUCUACACAAUAGUUAAUUAUCAUCCUCUUCCUUUAAAAUGCAAAUGGCGUUGCAUUCAGGUAAGUUGCACCCAUCCAUGAUAUUAUUAUUAAGAACCUCAUAUCAUCUGUCGCUUACUCCGCUGGUUACUAUCCAUUUAAUCUUGUUCCCGAUAUGAUGUAGUGCUGUUUUGUAUUAUAAGCUGUAGAGAGUAGACAUGUACAGCCGGUACAUUAAUUUCUCUUAUGGUCUAAGAGGAACAAUAUAUUGUAAUGAGAAUUAAAAUUGCUUCUGUUUUUUUUCCAAUGAGGCAGAACUUUAUAGCUUGAGCAGUACUUGAUAAUAAUUAAAGAACUUCCUAAAUUAAAUAAAUAAGACGUUUUUGUAAAA